AUUGUGACGCGGUGGUUUCUUGAUCGUUGCAGUUUCGAGAAGGUCGCCUUCAGGAGGACCCCGGAGUCCGCCGCCGCGGCCGAGGAGGACGGCAACCACACGGCCACGGUCACGGCGGUCAUCUUCGAGGCCGGCCACCGCGACACCGUCGGGGGCACGGACGUCUCCGGCGAGCGCGCGCUCUGCUGCACGCCGGACAUGGCGAAGCACGGGGCGUGCACCGAGGGGGCGGUGAUGUACCGCGCGUCGCGGAACGCCACCGGCUGGCCCAAGGUGCUCUCGGCGUCCUUCCUCCCUGGUGGCCUCGAGGCUUCGUUCCCGGACGAGACCGUCGCCGUGUCGCGCACCGGUAUGUACACCCUCCUCUUUGUCCACUGCGACGCCUCGCUCGCCGGCGCCGGCGGGCAGGUGGCGGCCGCCGGCAAGACCAUCUGGAAGAACAGCCGCGGCUACCUCCCGGGGCGGAUGGCGCCGCUAGUGCCCUUCUACGGCGCCAUGUCGCUGUCGUUCGCGGCGCUGGCGGCCUACUGGUUCGCGCAGUGCGCGCGGUUCUGGCGGGAGGUUGUGCCGCUCCAGAGCUGCGCCACGGUUGUGAUCGCGCUGGGGAUGGCGGAGGCCGCCACGUGGUACCUGGACCUCGCCGAGUUCAACGAGUCCGGCGUCCGCCCGCGCGGGGCCACGCUCUGGGCGGCAACCGCCGGCGCGCUCCGCGGCGCGGCGGCGCGCGUGCUGGUGCUGGCCGUGGCCAUGGGCCACGGCGUGGUCAGGCCGGCGCUGGCGGGGCUCAAGAGUGCCAGGGUGGCCGGCCUCGGCGCCGCGUUCUUCGUGGCGGCGGAGGCACUCGAGGUGUGCGAGAACGUCGGCACCGUCAGCGACCACUCGACGUCGCCGGCGAGGAGGCUGCUCCUGGUGCUCCCCGUGGCGGCGCUGAACACGGUGUUCGUGUACUGGAUAUUCAGCUCGCUGUCCAAAACUCUGAACAAGCUCAAGGCGAGACGGAUGACAGCGAAGCUGGAGAUGUACCGGAGACUCAACAACGCGUUGAUCAUCGCUGUGGCCGUGUCUCUUGGCUGGAUAACAUUUGAGAUCCACUUCAAGUCGACGGAGGAGUACAACGAGCGGUGGCGCGCGGCGUGGGUGAUCCCGGCGGGGUGGCAGCUCAUCUCCUUCUCGCUGCUCUGCGCCAUCUGCCUCAUCUGGGCACCCUCGCAGACCUCGACGAGGUACGCCUACUCGGGGGAGGAGGAGGAGGGCGAGGACGUGGACCGUGACCUGGAGGACACGCGGCCGCUGAUCAGGCCCGGCCCGCUGUCAUACGUGGACACCUGGGCGAUCUCCGUCUCGCAGGACGCCACCAAGAUCAUCCUGCGAACCGACUCCGGCGUGUACGCGAAAGCCGCCGGCGAUGGAGGCAAGCGGGUGUAGUGUAAGCUCCGGCACUGUACGUAGAGCUCUCCAGGAGCUGGGGAUCGCUGACGAUUUUAUUUUCUUUUUUUCUGGAAGUAAACAUGUCGUGUUAGGGAACACAAAAGGCUUCUCACAAACUGUAGUAAAGACUAAAGAGUGGUCUGAUUA